CCGAUUGGAAGAAAUUUCGUUUUUUUCCGUAAUUAUUGCGGGGCGUCACACACCACCAAUCCACCGUGCACCAUGCUCCCCUCCGGCCUCGCAGUCGCUCCGCCUCCCAUAAGCCUCCACGCCGCCGCCUCCCGCACGGGCCGACAGCGGUAUGCACCCGUCGACCGGCGUGCUUCGAUGGGCCGGAGCAAUCCGCCGCGGCCCACCCGCGCCGCGUGGUGGCGGACCCGACGCCGCGAAGGCGUCCCUCCCCUCCCCUCCCCGCCGACUGGUACGACACCGCCGCAGUCAUCGUCGCCGGCGGCCGGAGCAGCUAGGUUCGGUGGUAGAGAGAGGAGGAAGGGAGAGAAGAGGGGAAAGAGCCUGAGGAGGAGGAGGCCUCGGUAGGCAUCCCUAACGCCAAAGGGGGAGGAGGCGACGAGGCCUUCCGCCAAGUGAAGUCAUCCGAGGAGCCAUCCGCCGCCCGGAAAAGUCCGGUGGCGAAGAAGCCGAGCCGGCCGCAUGGGGGGAGUGGGGGGCCCCAACCGGCGUGUUCCCCGCCGACAUCUCCCCGCCCGCGGCCGCGAAUCAUGUUGCUCUCUCCCUGUCACUUCACAACACGCGGAGGCAGCAGCGGCCGGUGGUGCGGGGCUGCGGGCUUCGUCUCGGCGGGACGGACGGCAGCGGCUGGGUAGCGUCGCGAGCUUGGACCCCCCGGCGGCGGCGGCGUGGGGAGGGCGGUGAGAUCGAGUCCUGCGACGUCGGGGUCGGGCUGUGGCUGGGAAAGUGCGACGAGAACGAGCACGCCCGGUGGCGGUUACUGGAGGAGCACGUCGAGGUCGGGCCCUUGGCGGCGGCAAGGUCAAGCCUUGGCUUCCUGUAAUCAAAGGUGCCUCAUUGUACUUGAUAAUGUGUGGACUGUAUCAACAUGGAAUGUUGUUAGACAUGCUUUACAAGAGGAUUGCUGUAGUAGAAUAGUAGUAACAACAGAAAUUAACGAUGUGGCUCAGGCAUGGAGUUUUUACAAGUCUCAACAUAAUGCAUCUCACGUGAUCAAGAAGCAUAUUUUGAAGAUGGAACCGCUUAAUGACGAUUUCUCAAGAGAUUUACUUGUUAGUAGAGUUUUUGGUGAUAAAGACAAAUGUCCUGAAGAACUCAAUGAAGUUUCAUAUGAGAUAGCACGAAAAUGUGGCGGUUUGCCACUAGCAACUAUCGCUGCAGCCAGUCUUUUAUUGAGUCGGCCAGACAAACCAGAUGAAUGGAUCUAUGUACAGAAGUCGUUGAUUCCAGAUUUGAGGAUACAACCUACUUCCGAAGGAAUGGCACAACUACUGAACAAUAGCUUCAACAAUCUUCCUCAUCAUUUGAAAGCAUGCAUGCUGUAUCUGAGUAUAUAUAAAGAGGAUCACAUAAUCAAUCCGGACGAUCUGGUUAAGCAAUGGGUAGCUGAAGAUUUUGUAAGUGCGACGGAAGGGAAAAGUUUGGAUGAAGCUGCAAGGAAUCAUUUUUAUGAGCUUGUCCAUAGGGGAAUACUUGAAACUGAACAUAUCAGCUGUAGUGAUGAGGUUGUAUCUUGCACAGUGCAUGACAUGGUUCUUAACUUUAUCAAACGCAAGGCAAUGGAAGAGAAUUUUGUCACUGCAAUUGAUCAUUCUCAGUCUGGUAUAAGACUAGCAGACAAAGUUCGACGACUCUCUCUCCAUUUCGGAUAUUCAAAAGAUGCAAAGGCACCAGCAUGUAUUAGAUUGUCACAACUACGAUCACUUGUGUUUUCUGGAUUUUGGAAGUGCGGGCCUUCCAUUUCGGAGUUUCAUCUUCUUCGAGUUCUAUUCCUUCAUGGUAAACAUGGCGAAUUUCUUGACCUCACUAGAAUUCGUGAACUGUUUCUACUGACUUAUUUGCAGAUUGAAGGUAAUGUUUGCAUAGACUUACCAUCAGAGCUCCAAGGACUGAAGUAUCUCAGGACUCUGCAUAUUGGUGCAAUGGUGACCUUUUUGAGAUCAGAAGUUGUUCAUCUUCCGCCGUUGCUGCACUUCAGACUUCCACCCAAUCUAGGGUACUUUGUUGACGCAGGGAGUGUACAGAGUAUUGAAGAACUGACCAAUUUGCAGGAUCUUCAACUCGCAUGUCCUCAGAUAGCCACUUCUGACCAUAUUAAGCACAACAUGAAACUGUUGGGUUCAAUUAUUGGGAUACUUAAGAGCCUCAAAUCUCUAACAGUUGUUCCUGUCUGCUUCUCUGAAGAUUCUAAUGAUAACGAAAAUUCAAGCAUUGCCAUUUUCUUGGAUUUCUUAGAUAAAGUUCCCCCCCCUUGUAGCCUUCUGCAGAGGCUUGAGUUGUUUCCACGUGUUUGCGUCUUCCAUAGACUUCCCAGUUGGAUCAUAACUAUUGAGAAACUCUGUAUUUUGAAAGUAGCAGUCAUGGAACUCCUGAGGAAAGACAUUGAGACUCUCUCAAUGCUGAAUGCCCUCACUGUUUUCUCACUGUAUGUCCGGACAACCCCUGCAGAACCUAUCAUAUUUGACAAGUCAGGAUUCCAUGUUUUGAAGUACUUCAAAUUCAAGUGUAGUACUGUAUCAAGUCUGAGAUUUGAUGAAGGAGCUAUGCCCAACCUCCAAAGGUUAAAGAUGGAAUUCAAUGGUAGCACAGUGGAGCAAUACAACCUUGAAAAUGUGGGCUUCAAGCACUUGUCAGGUGUCAAGGUCAGCGCAAAAAUUUGCAUUGCCGGUACUAGUGAAGCUAACAGAAUGGCUAUAGCCUCUGUACUGAACAAUGCCAUCAGGCAAAAUACAAGAAUAUCAAGUGUAAUCAUACGGUUCAUCAACAGGGUUAUAAAAGAUCUUCCGAUUGUCCCCACCCCUCACACGGAUCAUAUGCAUGAAAAUCUGAGGCUGGAUAAGAGUGUCAGGUCCUGGCCUACCCAGUGCGAUGGCUGCAAGGAGCUUGGUGCCGGCCACAGGUUCAAGUGCGAGCAAUGCAACUCCAAGGUGUACUAUGAUAUGUGCUGCGCAACAGCGCCUCACACCCUGAAACACCCUCUGUUCCCAGGCUCCGUUUUUCGGUUCCUCCGAAAGCCUCUGGCCUCUGAAUGCGGUAGGGCCUGUGAUGCAUGUGGUGACCUCAUGCACGGCUUCGUCUACCACUGCUUUGAGCGUGGCCUCGACCUCCACCCACGCUGUGCGAGGCUGCCUGUUCGCACUGCAAACGUAAAGGGCUAUGUCAUGGAGCUUCGCAGGGUGUCGGCUUGCAGCAGAUGUUGCAUUUGCAUGUGUGGCAAGGAGGGUUAUCGCAACAAGUUUUGGUCCUACCGCUCCAGUCAGGAAGGCCAGGACAUUAACGUGCAUAUGGCGUGUUUAAAAGACUUGGCAUCAAAAUCACAUGAAACCCUAACUAAACUGUAUGAGAUCCUAAUGGGUGAAUCACAGUGGACGCCAACAGAGGUUUUAGGCGAAGAUACAUCCGACCAAUUAGUUGUCAGCAGUGCGGAGGAUGGUGAUCGUACGCCACUGAGACAAGAUGAAAUUACAGAGGAGUUUCAGCACAAGGAUGAAGUAUGUAAUGUUCUAGAGCAUGGACGGGAGGAACUCCGGAAGAAAGAAACCGAUACCAGGUCUGUAGCCUCUCCGCUGGUGUCAGCAAAGUGGCCAACCACAGCAUACACCUACGUGCAAUCCAUCCUGGUGCCUGCACCAGAGCUUUUUCUUUUUAUGAAGGAGCAGCCACGAUUAACAUGAAAGACAACUGAGCAGGAAUCGGCUGAAUAUCUACUUGGUGGCCUCAUCAUCCUUAUUGGCCAUGUAUGCCAGCACGUACUGCUUUCAGUGAGAAUUCCAGUAUUUUGCUAACGUGCAUAGAAAGGUGAUGCAAACUUGUAAAGUGAAUGUCAGACCCAGAAGAAGAAUAAGAUGAAAAUAGAUAUCUAGUGUAGCUGCAAAGCAAACAAAAUAUUGAGUCAAAAUUGAACUGAACUGAUCAUAGCAGCGGGAAAGGUGGGCAGCAGUCUCACCAAUGGGACAGUUGAAGACAGAUUCCGAUGGUGUAUACUAGCAAAUUGGCAGGCAGCCAUGGUGCCACUUCAGCAGCUGCUGGAAGAAGACAGGGCGCAGGAGUCGCCACACCAGUACUACUCUCACAUGCAUGUUGGAUUGUGUGCCCAUCGCUGCUGGUGAGCUCACAAUGGGGAAUUUUGGGAGUGAGGGAAAGGAAUAGUUAGAGAAGAGAGGUAACUGUUAGCUGUUUCAUCCAUGUCAUCAUUUUUUUUGGUAAAGGAAGCUUUUAUUAAUCUCAGUCGAUUACAUCAAGCUGAUAGAACCAUACUAAAAAAAACUCCCGGCCUCUGCAUAACUAGGAUGCACAUAGCCAAAACACACACACACCCACAAAAGAGUUUGUAACAAGUGAAGGAAAGUAGUAAAAUCUAGGGAGCACCAAUCUUCAGCCUAGACCGCCAUCCAUGUCCUUGAGUAAAACACUCCCUGACCACCUACUCCAAGCGUUGACAUGCCGCUGCAACCAAAUCUUGUGAAUCAGGCUUCUGAAGGAUAGCCCAUGUACGAAGGAAGUGGAUAGUUUAAAAAAUAACCUAUAAAGGAGAAGAGAUGUCAUAUCAUUCCCGCAAAACCAUAAUGACCAACAAAUAGUGGUUACCCUUAACAGGAUAAGCGACUUAAGGUCUUUCCUAAUUCCCCGUAGCCAAUUACCAGACAUAUUGGAUACACCACGAGGCGGGAAAAGCCCUGUAGCCACUUGUAUAGUGCACCACACAAAACGGGCAAAUCUGCAUUCAUAAAACAAAUGUAAUAUUGUCUCAUCUGUGUGACAAAAGGAACAAUUCUUACUUCCUUGCCAAUUGCGCUUGGCCAGGUUAGCCCUUGUCAAAACUAUCCCACGACGUAAAUACCUUAGGAAGAUCAUGACUUUAAGUGGUAUUUUUACUUUCCAAAUUACUUUAUUUAUGUUGGGCACAUCUGAAUGUACCAAGGCAAGAUAAUGUGACUUAACUGAAAACUCUCCAUUCUGGAUUAAAUUCUAGUGGAACUUAUCUCGGUCCUGAGUAAGCGCUAGAUUUGCCAUUCGUGGAACAUGGUUAUUCCAUGCCACUAAUUUUGGCUCAAUAAGAUCCCUUCGCCAAGAUACAUUCGGAGGGUAGUUUUGUAGCACAUUUGCUAUAGUAUCCUGUUUAUUGUAUAGGCAAGGGUAUUGUUCUCACAGUGGUGCUUCUCUCAUAAUGAAUUUGCCAAAACGUAGAAAAUCACGCUUGACCUUCAUAAGGCUGGCCUAGAAGUAUGAGUCCCUAGCUUUCCACUCGACUUGUGACAUAGGUUUUGAGCCCAAGUACUUGUUACGAAUCAAUUGUUGCCAUACACCAUCCAUCGUGAGUAGCUUAAAUAACCACUUGCUAGGAAGGGCAAUGUUUUUCAUAUAUAAAUCAUGAAUUCCUAAAUCCCCUUUGUUCUUUGGGUCGGCACAUAAUACUCCACUUCAUCAAAUGACACUUUUUCUUUUGAUCAUCACACUGCCAAUAGAAUCUAGAGCGAAAACAAUAAAGUUUCUUGAGUACACCUCUCGAUAUUGCGAAGAAAAACAUCAUAUACAGGGGAAGACUACUAAGCACUGAGUUUAUCAAUGUUAAACGUCUUCCCGUGGAAAGUAGUUUCCCUUUCCAGCUACCAAGUCUCUUCUCAUAGCGUUCUUCUACCCAUUUCCAAUCAUUAUUUCUUAGUUUCCUAUAAUGAAUAGGAAAGUAGCAUAACGGGAAUUCGCCAGAAGAACAACCAAAGAGUUUGGUAUAUUGGUCUUCCAUGGUUCGAGCAUCACCAAAAUAGAACAAUUCACUCUUAUGGAAGUUAAUCUUGAGACCUGAGAGAUGCUCAAAAGCACAAAGCAAAAGCUUCAUGUUACGAGCCUUCUCAAGGUCAUGCUUCAUAAAACGAAUGGUAUCGUCAGCGUAUUGUAGAAUGGAAAUGCCAUCAUCCACUAGAUGAGGGACUACUCCACAAAUUUGUCCAUCUACUUUGGCUCAAUUGAUUAGAGUGACCAGCAUAUUAGCUACAAUAUUAAAAAACAUUGGCGAAAGAGGAUCACCUUGUCGAAGGCCCUUUUUUGUUUGGAGGAAAUGUCUGAUGUCAUCAUUCACUUCUAUUGAUACAUUUCCACCCAAAACAAAAGACUCGAUCCAAGAAAUCCACUUGGUUGGAUAUUGAGAUUUCAUACGAAAUCCAAAUCAAAAUUUGAUCCUUUCAUACGAAGUCCUUGUCAUCAAUUGUAUCACCUUAGUUGCCAUGUGGACUCAAAAUAACCUCAAACCAGCUCGAGGGAUUAAAGGUGUUCGGUUUUGAUAGUUUGAGGACAUAGUUUACCUGGUUUCAAAGAUGAGGGAUGGCAACUAGACUAACCGAAUAGUUUAAGAGUUUAGGGAUGGAAAUUAUACGUUGAUGUAGCACAAUUAUCGGAGGAACUUCUUCGGUGUGCUGAUAUGUAGAUAUAGCACAAAAUGUUGUAGGAACGACUUUAAUGUGGUACUCCCUCCGUUUCAUAUUGUAAGACAUUCUAGCAUUGCCCACAUUCAUAUAGAUGUUAAUGAAUCUAGACAUAUUUAAUAUCUAUGUGAAUGUGGUCAAUGCUAGAAAGUCUUACAUUUUGAAACGGAGGAAGUAGUAGAUAAUGCCCUAAGGCAGCCCGAAUCCACGGACAACAAGAGCUUAGUCCAAAGCUCCAAAGAAGAUCUAAUCCAUGUUCUGUAAUAGGAACAUCUAGUUCUAUUGAUAAGGUGGUAAGCAAAAGUAAGUUCCAAACUAGAGGCCAUUGCCUCUAUUUAAAGGCUACAAAGCCAUCUACAACUCGAUACAACUAUAUGACAACCUGAUGACAUCCUAAUUGACAACUAGGAUGCUACUCAAAACAACUCAUCUAUUACUCAAUGACACUUAGAACACAACUCAUUGGACAUACAAGUAUUUUCUAGUGAUAUAAUGACAUAUGCAAUAUCAUAAUUAUUCUUGAGUUUUCAUGAAGUAUGUACUAUAGAUUCAAAACUCAAAUUUUGACUUCUUGUUCUUAGUAGAGAAAAUCCAAUUCUACUUGUAACACCUAUACUUUAUGAAUUGGUCAGGUGAUGUUCCUCAUCACGUUCUCUUGAGUAUACCACUUCACUAAAAACUAUAUAUGUACAAGUUUGCAAUUAAUAAGAAAAAAAUCAUUUUACUCCCUCGAACUAUUUAGCCGGAGGAUUUAACCCCGUAAACUAUUUUUCAGUCAUUUUACAUCAUAAAACUAUUGAAAACAUUUCACUAUAGAUGAUAAGAGAAUCUACUCAGUACCACUGAGUUCGAUACACUUCAACAAUAUGCCACUGACUUUGUUGAUAUCAAUAAUAUGCCAUCGCCUUUUCCUUAACCUCUACGAUUUACCAUCGCCAUCUACAGCCUGUUAGUUUGCGUUGGAGAAAAGACAAGUAUGCCCUUAGUGAAGAUCAGCAGCACUGAGACCAUACCGUGCAAGGUACCGAGAGUUAUAAUAACUAUAAAGAGAACAUACAACGGUACUAAACAUAUGAAAAAUAUCUUUAUUUAAGCAGCAUGAUUAUAAAUAAUUAUGAGCACAUAUUUUAAGUAUUUUGAUUAUGAACAAAUAUCUCCAAGGCUACAGGAGGGGGUAGAGCUUUGAUUUGCCGUGACUGUUGAGGAGCGGUUGAGGGAUUGCACUGACGACAGUAGUAGCUCUCCAACAGGGCCAGGGCCACCAUGUCCCCUUGCAUGCAAUGCCGGCACUGACGACGGCGGCGGCACCAGCAGUAGCUCCAGCAGGGGCGUCGACGUCGUGUCCCCUUGUUUGCGACGGCAACGCUGAUGACGAUGGCAGCACCACCAGCAGCCCUCCAACAGGGGCGCCGUCUCCCGUCGGAUGUGACGAUGGUGGCUAGACCACCGCUGACUUGUGCUACGGAUGGUGGCACUGGGUCCCGAAGGUCGGGUCGGCGCUAGGGAUGGCGACGUUGGCGAGGCGUGGCGCUGUGGCGGCACUGGGAAGGGUGGUGAUGCGGCGCUGGGAGAUGCGAUGCUGGGAAAAAAGGGGCCCUGGGCCAUGCUAGGGUUAGAUGAUUCAAAGGGUAUUUUGGUCAUAACUAAGAAAAUUAACAAUACAAACGGCGCGACGAUGGCAAAUCAUAGAGGUUAAGGAUAAUGCGAUGGCAUAUUAUGGAUAUCAACAAAUUCGGUGGCUUAUUGUUGAAGUGUGUUGAACUCAGUGGUACUUUGUAGAUUCUCUCGACCUAUAUAUAUAAAUGGUAUUUUGCAUUGAAUUUGAUAGGACUGAUAGAUGCAUUACGUCUUACCUCAGCAUUUUCUUUAGAACUUUCAUCAUUGUUUACAAGGUUGGAAGCACCUAAAACUAACUUAAACAUCAAAAUUUAAAUGUUCAAGCAAACAAUCAUGAAAAAAAUUGAAAAUAUUAUGGAACUUAGAUAAUGAUGCCAUCUAUGGCUUUAAAAAAUUUUAGCUUAAAAUAAGACUUGUAAAAAAUAAAAAAAAGAUAAAAAAUGUACCCCCCAUCUCAAAAUAUAGUGACAUAGUACUGUAUUAGACACAACUUAGUACUAUGAAUCUGGAAAAAAGAGUAUUAAGCAGUAUAAUGAACCAUAGUUAAUAGUUUCAGUUGUAACAUGAGCUAAAAAUUGUUUAGGGGUUUAAGUGACCCAAUCAAAUUGUUAGAGUGAAUGAAAUGGACAUUUUAAAUGAAUAGUAAAAUAAAACGAAAAUUGAACCCGCAAAAUUUAUUUAAAAUUCUAUACUAGAAAAUUUUAAGCAUAAUAAGAAAGGGAUGCUUCACAGUAAAAAAAAAAAAUUGAUGUGUUGGCCAUAUGCGGAUACACAGCUUGAGAACUGGUGCACUAAUCUGUCUUAUUUGUACAUCUAAGUUGAAUUGUUGCU